AUGUCUGGCCGUGGGAAAAAAGCUGCACCCAAACCCAAAUCUUCAGUGACCCGGUCCUCCAGGGCUGGGAUCACAUUCCCUGUAGGUCGCAUCCACAGGCUGCUGAGGAAAGGCCGCUAUGCGGACGUACUUGUCAUCGGCUCAAAGGCUCAGAGAGAGAAACUGGCCUCCACACUAAAUGUUCAUGGACUUAAUCCAAGCCAAGAAGCCAGAAACCUAGCGAGGGUUGGUAACGGCUCUGCAGUCUACCUGGCCGCUGUCCUGGAAUAUCUCUGCGCUGAAAUCCUGGAACUGGCUGGAAAUGCCAGCCGUGACAACAAGAAGAUGCGCAUCGCUCCUCGCCACAUCCUGCUGGCAGUGAAGAAUGAUGAAGAGCUGAACAAGCUGCUGGCAGGGGUCACAAUCUCAGAGGGUGGUGUCAUCCCAAACUUCCAGGCUACCCUUCUCCCCAAAAAGACCAAAGGGCCCAAGGAUGAUGUUCCAGCCAAAGAUGUUGAGUCUCAAGACUUUUAA